ACUUCUUAAAGGUUAAAGCUGAAAAAAAUUCAAGUUAUUUUUGGAUAACAACUUACAGAGGCCAAAUGACAUAGGAUGAAGGCUGUUCGUAACCUGCUGAUUUAUAUAUUUUCCACCUAUCUCCUGGUUAUGUUUGGAUUUAAUGCUGCCCAAGACUUCUGGUGUUCAACUUUGGUGAAGGGAGUCAUUUAUGGAUCGUAUUCUGUAAGUGAAAUGUUUCCCAAAAACUUCACAAACUGCACUUGGACGCUGGAAAAUCCAGAUCCAACCAAAUAUAGCAUUUACCUGAAAUUUUCCAAAAAGGACCUUAGCUGCUCUAACUUUUCCCUUCUGGCUUAUCAGUUUGAUCAUUUUUCCCAUGAAAAAAUAAAGGAUCUUUUAAGAAAGAAUCAUUCUAUAAUGCAACUUUGCAAUUCCAAGAAUGCUUUCGUUUUUCUACAGUAUGACAAAAAUUUUAUUCAAAUACGUCGGGUAUUUCCAACCGAUUUCCCAGGAUUACAGAAAAAAAGGGAAGAAGAUCAGAAAUCCUUUUUUGAGUUUUUGGUGUUGAACAAGGUGAGCCCAAGCCAGUUUGGUUGCCACGUACUGUGCACCUGGUUGGAGAGCUGCUUAAAAUCCGAAAAUGGGAGAACGGAGUCCUGUGGGAUCAUGUAUACAAAAUGCACCUGCCCCCAGCAUUUGGGAGAGUGGGGGGUCGACGAGCAGUCGCUGGUUUUGUUAAAUAACGUGGUGUUACCCCUGAAUGAGCAGACCGAGGGCUGCCUGACCCAGGAGCUGCAGACCACCCAGGUCUGCAAUCUUACCAAGGAGGCCAAGCGACCACCCAAGGAAGCAAGUGACAAAAACAAAGUUGUUGUUUGCACAUUAAGCACGAUUUUCAAAGAUUUUGCUGGUCAUGAUCAUAAGAUGUGGGUUAAGACUGUGCUGGGAUUUGUAGAAGUUGGACUAGACAGCCAUUUGUUUUGUAAAUGA